UCCUAGGGUUUUAUCCUUUCCCCACCUCGUAUUCAAAAUCAGUCAUUAAUGGCGUCUGCGGAUGUGGAGUUCCGCUGUUUCGUCGGUGGUCUGGCAUGGGCGACUACCGACCAAUCCUUAGAAGAAGCUUUCUCUCAAUAUGGAGAGAUUUUGGAAUCGAAGAUUAUCAACGAUCGGGAGACUGGCAGAUCUAGAGGAUUCGGAUUCGUAACUUUCAAGGAUGAGCAAGCGAUGAGAGACGCGAUUGAGGGGAUGAACGGACAGAGCCUCGACGGUCGUAACAUCACAGUGAACGAGGCGCAGUCUCGUGGAAGCGGCGGCGGUGGAAGACGUGAAGGUGGCGGUGGGUACGGUGGAGGAGGCGGUGGAUACGGAAGACGUGAAGGUGGCGGCGGUGGAUAUGGAGGUGGUGGCGGUGGAUAUGGAGGUGGUGGCGGUGGUUAUGGAGGUGGUCGUGACCGUGGGUACGGCGGUGGCAGCGGUGGUGGCGGUGGAUACUCGAGGGGAGGCGGUGCUCCGGAAGGUAACUGGAGGAAUUAAGAAUUUGGAGUUUGAUUAAUGGUGUAUUAUCGUGUGUGUGUUGAAGUGUUUGUUAUGUGGUUGAUGUUAGUAGUCUUGUUUUUGAUCGCUGAGUUGGUUGUGUUUGAUAAUUGUAAUCAUGGAUGAAUAUGAGUUUAAUUAUCUCAUUUCUUUGAUUAAUUCAAAGCGUUGUGUUGUGAUA